AUGAAUUUGAUUGCCUUGCAAACCAUAGUAGCACUUCAAUGUGUCUCCGUGCAGCCGCUGAUUUGCGCUGAUUGUUACUUAGACAUCCAGUUUGUAGAUGGACUUUAUGAUUUUAAUGACCCCUGUUUUGUUAGCCCUCCUACUAUCGAGUGCAACCUUGAAAACGACGCUUGCCAUUCUUAUUUGUUUGUGAACAGGACAACAAAAUUUCUUCAAUUCUGGAGAAAAUGCGGAGAAAAAGACAAAACAAGUUUUUCAACAUCGGACUACGACAGUACAAGAUUAUGGGUUCAUUUGGAGGGAGAUAAAAGUAACUGUGGUAAACCAGAUGAAAUGUUCACUAUUGGAGAACGCGUAUCAGAAGAGGACAGAGGCUUUUAUGAAGAAAAUAUCGUUAAAAAUUGGAAAAAUUCCAGCUGCGUUGAUAAAUCUAUCAGUGAUGAUAAAAAUGAUGGUGAAGAUGAUCGUGAAAAAACUAAUCCGCAAGUUGAUCCUGAAGUUCACCCCGAUAGUCAUCCCGGGAGUGAGCAGGAAGUUGGUGGUCAAAAUGUUGGUGAGAAUAAUUCAACUGAGACUACAGAUUGUGAGAAACCUGAUGAAAAUUCCGGAGAUGACAGCCAACAGCCAUUCAAGGCAACGACCAAGGUCAAUAAUGAAGAAGAGGACUGA